AUGGCCGAGUAUAGCUUCCAAUACAAUGUCAAUCAAAAUGAUCAAUUCAGCACAGCUACAAAGAAUAGGCUAACUGUUAUUGCUGAAACUUUUGAGGAGUGUGAAAUAUAUGAAUGUUGGAAGAAGGGGCUAGCUAGGGUUUUUUCGUUUUUGUCAAAACCUAGGGUUUCUGUUUCUAUGGAGGCCAAUCUUCAACAAUUGUCGCUUUCGGACGAGGAGGAUGAGGGGUUGGCUGUGGUCCCGGUUGCUGAUGCCCCUUCUUUUCGAUAUGAGAACUGUUUGGUGGGUAUGUUUUUGACUUUUAAUCGUAUCAACUUCAAGUCGAUGCGUGAGGUUUUUGCUGACAUAUGGCAUCCUUUGAGAGGGGUCGAAAUCACUGAGUUAGAAGCCAAAAGGUAUCUUUUUCAUUUUUUUGCGGUGGUGGAUUUGGAACGUGUUUUGCAAGGUACACCUUGGCUGUACAACAAUCAUCUACUCAUUCUCCAUGCACUAAUGGAGGGGGAAGACCCUUUGCAAGUUCCAUUGAUUUUUGUGGAUGAGUGGGUGCAGGUUCAUGAUCUAAAGAUAGGUUUCUAUAUGGCAACGAUUGCUAUUAAUCUGGGAAAUUUUGUUGGCUCUUUUUUAGAUUAUGAUACUACAUACUACUCUUCUAAUGAAAAGGAUUCUUAUAUGAGGAUUAGGGUUCGGGUGGAUGUUAGGAAUCCUCUUAAACGCAGGAAGAAGCUGGUUACACCUACAGGAGAGGCCUUUUAUGCUCGCUUUGCUUAUGAGAGGUUCAUGGUUUUCUGUUUUUUCUGUGGCCGUCUCGGCCAUACUGAUUCUUUCUGUGGUUUAUUAUUGCAUAAGAAGAAAGAGUUGCAACCUCUAUGGGGGCCAGAACUUCGCGCAGUCUGCCGUCGCAAUCUCCGCUCGACCAGUUCAUGGCUGCGGGUGGAAACACCGUUUGUUCAGGCGACGUUAUCUCCGAAUAAUCAGGACCCUUCUCUAGGACGUCCGUUGUUACCAUCCCAAUCUUUUCUGAAUUCCUUUUUGGGCACGUCUUCUACUACUGAUGGGAGGGAAAAGGCAGUAGGCCAGAUGGAAACUGAUCAGAAUCAUUUGGGCCCAAAUGGUUUAGGUGAAGAUGACCCAAUGCAGCAUUCUAUUGAGGGGAAAAAACGACAGCGUUCUCCUAUAGCCAGCAACGUUUUUGAUGCCAUGGAUUCAUUGCCGUUACAAGUUUCUUACUUUUCUUCAAAUUUUAUUGACUGCACUAUUGGUACUGGCUCUGCUCAAUGGCGUUUUACAGGGUUCUAUGGUUGUCUUGAACCAACUCGCCGCCGUACUUUUUGGAACCUGUUGCGUGAGCUAUCUUCACGUAAUGAUUUACCUUGGUUAUGUUGUGGGGAUUACAAUGAUAUUGCAGCGCCUGAAGAGAAGAGUGGGGGUCCUCUUCGAGCUUCUCAUCUUAUUUCUGAUUUUCGGGGGGUGUUGUUAGAUUCUGGUUUGUCUGAUAUACAACAUAAUGGCUCGUUUCUUUCUUAUACUUAUAGAGAGGGGACUCCAUUUUGUUCUAAAGAAAGGUUGGAUCGUGCAUGUUCUAAUACAGCUUGGAGUGGUAUUUUUCCAGAUGCUUUAUCUUCAAUUUUGGUUGCUCCCGUGUCUGAUCACAACCCUUUGUUAGUUGAAACUACUACUCCUACUUGUCAUAUAAGGAGUAGGCGUUUUCGUUUUGAUAAUUCAUGGCUCGAGGAUCCUGAGCUGGGUGAGUGGGGUCGGAACAGAAAUAAAUUGAAACGGGCUCAGAAAGAUAUGAUCAGAAAACGGCUUGAAGAAGAUCUUGAUUCGGUUGAUACAAGGGAGGUGCGUCGGCUUAAGAAGCAGUGGAAUCAAAUUCUAGCGGAAGAGGAGAUUAGAAUUUGCCAACAAGCAAAGCUCUUUUGGUUUCGCAAUGGAGACAAAAACACUAAAUAUUUCCACAAUAAUAUUAAGGCGCGAAGAAGGCAAAAUCGUAUUGUGGAAAUUACAACCUCGGAUGGCUCUAUUUCUUCUGAUCAGCACGUAAUUGCGGAUACUUUAUUCUCUGGUGCAGUUGCCGAUUUUGGUGAGGUGAUUAGCUUGGUUCAGCCGAAAGUUGAUUCUCAUGAUAAUACUAUGUUAACUGCAACUUUUGUUGAUGAAGAAUUCAGGCACACUCUUUUCCAAAUGAAUCCAGAUAAAGCGCCGGGAUUAGACGGCCUUAACCCAGCAUUUUUUCAGAGGCAUUGGAAGAUUCUUGGUCCGGAUAUUGGUAAAGCUUGUCGCGAAUGGUUGGCUAGAGGUGCACUUCCAGCUAAUAUUUCAAAUACUUUGCUUGUGUUGAUCCCUAAAUGUGAUAAUCCGAGGUUGGUGAAGGAUUUUAGGCCUAUCGCUCUGUACAAUGUGGUGUAUAAAAUUUUAUCUAAAGCUUUGGCUAACCGUUUUAAGAGAGUAUUAGAUAAAAUCAUUUCCCCUAAUCAGUCGGCAUUUGUCCCCGGUCAUCUGAUAACUGAUAAUUUUAUUGUUGCUUUUAAAACUAUACAUGGUUUAAAGCAACAAACUAGGGGAUCUGAUGGUUUUUGCGCUUUGAAAAUUGAUAUUGCUAAGGCAUAUGAUAGGGUUGAUUGGGCCUAUUUAAGUGUAAUGUUGUCUGCUUUGGGGUUCUCUACUACCUGGAUUGGUUGGAUGCGCAUGUGUUUUUCAGAUAUUAUUUACAAAAUUGCUCUUAAUGGUUCUGAGAUUGGGCCAGUUAUUCCAACGAGGGGGUUGCAUCAAGGUGACCUGAUUUCACCUUAUCAUUUUUUUAUUGUUGCUGAGGGCUUGUCUUUGCUUAUUCAGAACAGAGAGAGUCUGGGGCUUAUUCAGGGUUGUCCAGCAAAACAGGGUUGUCCCAUAAUUUCUCACUUGUUUUUUGCUGAUGAUUCUCUGCUCUUUUUUAAGGGCACAGUCAUGGAAGCCUCACAGGUGAAAUCUCUUUUAGCAGUUUAUGAAAAGGCGUCUGGACAGUCUAUUAAUUUUGACAAGUCUGCUAUCAUGUUCAGUCCUUGCAUUCGUGAUGAUAUUUGCAUUGCAGUUUCUACGAUUCUCAGUGUUCAUCAGUCUCUGGGUACUAGUACUUAUUUGGGACUGCCUUCGCUGGUUGGAAGGAGUAAAAAGCAAAUCUUCAGUUUUCUGAAAGAUCGGAUAUGGAAACGUAGUAAUAGCUGGAAUAACAGAUUUCUCUCACGGGCUGGACGUGAGGUCCUUAUUAAAGCAGUUCUUCAGGCUCUCCCUGCAUACUGUAUGAAUGUGUUUUUACUCCCAUUGGCUACGUGUAAUCAAUUGCAGGUGAUGUUGAACAAAUUCUGGUGGAGUGGUGGUAUGGAUGAUCGGAGAGGUAUUAAUUGGCUGGCGUGGGACCGUAUGUGUGUUCAGAAAGGGGAUGGUGGUAUGGGUUUCUGUGAUCUGCGGUGCUUCAAUGCUGCGUUGUUGGGUAAGCAAGGGUGGAGGAUUUUAUCCGACACAAACUCUCUUCUAUAUAAUGUGCUCAGAGCAAAAUAUUUCCCAUCGGGGGAUUUUAUGUCAGCUUCGUUAGGUUCUAACUAUAGCUAUGUUUGGAAGAGUGUUCACUCAUCUCAACAACUGUUAGUGUGGGGUACUCAUUGGAGAGUGGGAGAUGGUAGAAGCAUUUUUGUUAAGAAUAAUCCUUGGUUGCCAAGUGAUUCAAAUUUUGUGCCGAAUGAUCCUAUGUUCAUUGAUGAUGCCAUGCAUGUUAGUGAUCUGUUUGUGCCUGGAGAGUUGCGGUGGGAUUUGGAGAAGGUGUUGAAUAUUUUUUCCAUGGAUGAUGUGCGAUUUAUUCUAGCUAUUCCUUUGCCACUUAAUCCUAGACCGGAUAAGCUUAUUUGGCAUUUCGAGAAGAGGGGCUUUUAUACGGUCAAAACAGCAUAUUAUUGUGUGCUUUCUAUGCUUGGUCGGCAUCUAAGGGUGGGUACAUCGGACUUGUGGAAGAAGGUGUGGGCUCUUGAUGUCCCUCCAAAGGUUUGGGACUUUAUAUGGAGAUUGUUUCAUGGUGUUUUGCCUACUCGAGACAAUUUGGCUAGGAGAGGUGUCGACGUUCCAUUGGGGUGCUUGUUUUGUGAUGCGAAUGAGUCUAUUGACCACCUUUUCUUUUCUUGUCCCAUGGUAAGAGAGGUCUGGAGACUAGUGGGUGUUGCCUUAUCCAAUUCUUGGUUGUCAUUUCAAGACUUAUUCCUUCAUAUCCAUGUGAGUUUUGGUAGGGAACGUGCUUCAAGAUUGGCAGUUCAUGCAUGGAAAGUUUGGUAUGCAAGGAAUGAGUUAGUGUGGAAUAAUAAGGUGUUGACACCUCAGGCUAUCCAUAGUGAUGCCAAUACUUUUUAUACAAAUUAUCUUCAUUGUGGUCUUGAUAAGCAACGUGCACCAGGUCCGAGUCUUCUCUCUAUUAAUGCAGGUUCGGCUUCUAAUGCAUCGGAUUGGCUAGCUUAUGUGAAUUGUGCCACUUUCUCAACUUCGGAUUUAUUUGGAUUUGGUGCUGUGUUCGAAGAUGCUGAAAGAGUUUUUUCAAUUGCAAUUUCUGGUUAUACUAAGGGUCGUGGUUCUCCUGCUAUUGCUGAGUCAUUGGCCUUGCGUCAAUGUUUAAUGUAUGCUCGUGAUACUUUCCUGCAGGCUGAAAGUAUUUUCAUUGAUAGUCAGGUUUUAUUAUUCGCCUUUCGCUCAAAUUCGGAGGACUUUUCUGAAUUUGGCAUCAUUGUUUCGGAUUGUAAAGAUAUUCUGCUUCUUUGUCCAAAUAUUUCGUUAUGCUGGAUUAGACAUAGUGCGAAUAAGGCUGCUCAUCUGUUAGCAAGACAGUCUAUUCGUUUUGAUCGUUUUAAACUUUGGGUUGAUAUGCUUGAGUGUCUGUUUGAGCAUUAUAGUUCAAGAUAA